AUGCCUCCUCCACCUUUCCUCGACUCGUUUGUCCGAGCAGACGCACCAUCGGCCAUGUCGAGCAUACUCGAGAGCGCGAUAGGCCAUGCCGCAAGUCGCCUCAGGGAGCUGUCGCCGCGGGAUAUCUCGUCGACCAUCCUCAAUGGCAACGAUCCAACAACGGUGGAUCCUAGUCAUCCCAUCACCCUCUUCAUCAUCCAGCUCCUCAUCAUCAUCGCAUUCACCCAAUCCCUCGGCUGGGCAUUCCGGUACAUCAAGCAGCCCGCCGUCAUCGCCGAGGUCAUUGGCGGUAUCAUCCUCGGUCCCACCGUCAUGGGUCGUAUUCCCGGCUUCACCCAGCACAUCUUCCCCCAACCCUCCGUCACAUAUCUCAACCUCGUCGCGAACCUCGGUCUUAUCCUCUUCCUCUUCCUCAUUGGCCUCGAAGUCGACGUCGGCGUCAUGAAGCGAAACGGCAAGGCCGCUGCACUUGUCUCUGUCGCUGGGAUGGUCUUACCAUUCGCACUGGGCGCUGCCGGUGCUGUACCAACAUACCACAACUUUGUGGAUACCAGCCGGGUCUCGUUCGGCCACUUUCUGCUCUUCGUCGGUGUCGCCAUGGCCAUCACCGCCUUCCCGGUCCUCUGCCGUAUCCUUACCUCCACCAAGCUCCUCGAUACUCGGGUCGGAGUCAUUGUCCUCGCCGCGGGCGUAGGGAACGAUGUCGUCGGAUGGGUCCUGCUCGCGCUCACCCUCGCGCUGGUGAACGCUGGUAGCGGACUGACAGCACUCUACAUGCUGCUGCUGGCAGUGGCUUGGACCAUCCUCAUGCUCUGGCCGAUCAAGAAGGGGUUCCGCUGGUUGGCGAAGCGGACCGGAAGCCUGGACCACGGGCCUACACCGGCGAUGAUGACUGUUACGCUGGUCAUUGUCUUCAUCUCGGCCUUCUUUACCGGUAUCAUUGGUGUACACCCCAUCUUCGGUGCCUUCAUCGCUGGUCUCAUCAUUCCUCACGAAGGCGGUUUCGCCAUUGCGCUCGUGGAGAAGAUUGACGAUUUAGUCGCCAUGCUUUUCCUGCCAAUCUACUUUGUCCUUUCUGGACUCUCUACCAACCUCGGCCUGCUCGAUUCAGGCAUCUCAUGGGCCUACAUCAUCAUGUUCAUCGUCAUUGGAUGGUUCGGCAAAUUUGCCGGAUGUGCAGCAGCGGCAAGGUGGUUGGGCUAUACGCUCCGCGAGAGUGGGGCUAUUGGCAUGUUGAUGAGUUGUAAGGGUCUCGUUGAGAUCAUCGUCCUCAACGUUGGCUACAAUGCCAAGAUCAUCGACCAGCGCUUAUUCUCUAUGUUCGUCGUCGUCGCUGUCGUCCUUACUUUCGUCACUACGCCCGGUACGCUCUGGAUCUACCCCGAGAAACACCGCAUCCGUGGUACCGCAGCCAACGACGGACCUUCUCGGCGCAAAGACAAGGAAGGGCAGACUGCCGGGCUCAGCACGCUAGCGGGUGCCUCGGGCGGCCGGGAGCAGACGGAUCGGAUCCUCGUCGUCUUGCAAAAGAUCGAGCAUCUAUCGGCGGUCAUGUUCAUCACGCAAAUGCUCGAGCCGGCUUUCAAGUCUCGCAGUCCGCCUGUCGCGUCCGACCAGGCGCUGAUCAAGGCGUCGGCCGGGAAGCACCACGGUGGAGACGGCGACAUCUCGGACGUCUCGGUCAAGUCGUCUCCCUCGCGGAACUCUACGGCUCUGCCUACUCUUGGCGAGCAAGCCAAUGCGGACGGCGGCCUCCGAAUCGACGCACUCAAGCUUAUCGAGCUUACUGGGCGGACGUUCUCGGUCAUGCAGUCGGCGGAGAAGGAUCAGCUGCUCCUCACGGACGAUGCCCUACAGCUGUUCAAACAGUUUGGCCGGCUCAGAGGCUUCGAGAUUACCCCACAUAUCGAUAUCGUCGGUGCCGACUCGUACCCCCAAGCUAUCGCUGAGCGCGUCACCAACCUCGACUCGGAACUCGUCCUCCUUCCAUGGACCAUCCCCGUCGUUGGCCAGUCCAGCAUGCUGAUCGACCCCUCGCCCGAGGCAGCCAUGCGCGAGGGCAUCCCCGUCGCUCCUUCCACUUCACCCUUCGAGUCCAUCUUUGGACUCGACUCGCACGGCUCACCCAUGUACACCCACUUUGUCCGUCGGGUCUUUGCGGAAUGUCCCGCUGAUAUCGCCCUUUUCGUCGAUCGGGGCUUCGGGUCAUCCAGCAACUUUACGCCGGGCGCGGGUCAGCACAUCUUUAUGCCCUUCUUUGGCGGUCCAGACGACCGGCUGGCGCUCCGCUUCGUCGUGCAACUAUGUCAGCAUGAGGGGGUCAGCGCGACGGUGGUCAGGAUUGAGAAGGAGGGCGAGGGUUACUUUGGCGAGUCGGGCGGUGAUGAAGCUGCCAGGGCGCACCAGGCGGCUCUGCAGAACAACCAAUUGACUAUACAUCCUUCUCAAUCACCCCAGGUCAUCAACAACCUCAUGUCCGAGACAGCGGACGGUAUCGCCUGGGAGUACUACACCUCUCCCGACAAUGCUCACGUAUCACACAUCACCACCGCUCUCCAGCGGGUCACCUUCCACUCCCUCAAAUCCUCCACUCCGCUCACCUCCACCCUCAACAACGCCGAAGUCACCGCGGCAACUACCUCGGGACAUCACAUGUGGCGGCCUCUGCUCAUUGUCACUGGUCGUGGCCGGCGCGCUGGCGCGAUGAACCACGAGAAUGAGCUUAAUCGCUUGUUGAGCGACAAGGGGCGGGAUCCGAGCGUGGGCGCCGAGCUGAGAAAGACGGUGGGGGAUGUUGCGACGAGCCUGAUACUUGGUGGUGGAAAGGGGAGCGGGGCGAGCUUCUUGGUGCUGGAGAGUGGGGCGGGCAAGGGCGUGUCGGCUUAG